UUAUUUUCCCCAGUAAGACUACUUUAUUUGCGCUAGUCCUAGUACUGCUACAGUGCGAGUGGAAUUUGUACCGCAACUCUCUGUGCAGAGUGCGGUGCCUCUUCGUCCCCCACUUGAUUUAUGAUGAUCGUAACGUAGGGGAUAAUCCUCCCUAAACGACCCAGGCCCUCUCGGUAAAGACAGGGCUGUAACAAGAAACUUUUCAGUCGAAACAACUAGAUUUUUGCUGAUUGCUUCCCCAUCGCGUACAGCGGGCGCGACGACCAGGAGGAUGCCGGACGACGCCCCGGUGGAUCCCAACCAGGUGGAUAUCCAGGAGCUGGAGAAGACGCAGAAGCUGCUGGACGAGGCCGCCGCCACGGUCGCGGAGACCAAUCUGGGCGGGUCCACGGAGCUGGACAAGCCCGCGGAUGAGGCGGAGACCGCCAAGCCGGCCGCCCCCGCGGCCGCCCCGGUGAAGAAGAAGAAGGGCGGGGGCUGCUGCGGCGGCGGCAAGGCCGCCGCGGAGGAACCGGUGCAGGAGGAGGAGGUGGUGGAGGCCCCGAAGUCGCUCCGGGAGCGCCUCACCACGCAGCACCGGUCGCCCGGAAAGGUGCUGGCGGACCGACGGAAGGCGAAGGAGAUAGUGGUGGACACGCUGGAGGAGGUGGCGCAGCGGUUCUCCGGGCUCUGGGUGCAGCAGGGCGUGGUCAAGGCCAAGGAGCUCGCCGAGCAGGUGGGCGUCAGCGACUACCAGCAGCAGGCCAUGACGGCCGUCAAGUACGGUGCGGGCCGAUCGAUGAUGAAGGUCUCGCUCGACGACAAAGACACGAACAUCAUGCAAAUCGAAACCUUCGGCAUGGGCAGAAGCGUCAAGCAAGAAAUCAAAAUUGGCGUCGGUAUUGGAGAUUUUUUACUUUUAUUCAGAAAUGACGUUAUUCAAUAUCAUAGGUGAAUUUGAUGGUAAUCUUGAUUUUCGUGCCGCUAAGAAAUUGAAGCUUGCCGUAAAGACGCAGCCAACAUUAGCUACCCAGUGGCACGGAAUGAAUUUGCUUUUGCCGGGAGGAUGUUAGCUUCCUUCAAUCAUCCCGAGUUCAGCAUGCUAAAAACUUUUUUGAUCCAUGACUUCAACAGAUGACUACGUGUCGCAAAAGCUGAUGACUUUCGACGGGCCGCUGGAUUGCAAGGCGAAGUGGACAGAUAAGAAGCUGGAGUUACUCGUUUACACACGAUGGGGGCAGGAGAUCCAGCAAAUUCGGCACGUCUCGCCCGACAAUGAAGAAAUCAUUUGGGAGAUCACCUACGACGGUGUCACCUGCAGGAGAUUCUGGCGACGAAUCGGGAUGCCAGAUAGUAUGUUUAUAGUUGUUUGCUGUUUUUAGUUUUGCUUUGGCGACAGAAAAAACAUGAUCUUGUCUUAGUACCUACUGCGUGUAGAAGUAGCUAGAAGUAGAGCAGCGGAGGUAGGAGGAGGGCGCGUUUUUUUUUCUGCCAUCGUUAAAAGCUAAGUAGUUAUUGUCAAAGAUGAAACUUGAACUUCACAUCCACCGCAGGCGACGAGUCAUGGAAUGUGGCCCACGGGGACGACAUUGAGGAGGCCUGCGAGCUGAUACAGGGCCUCGGGCGGAAGGUGACUCCCCCGGAGCAGCUGGAGCUCUAUGGGUACUUCAAGCAGGGCCUUUUCGGCGACCACCCCACUGGAAAAGCCGACGCAAGACUAGGAUCCCACCACGUCGCCAAGCACAACGCGUGGAUAAAACACAAGGGAAUGCCCAAAGAAGAGGCGGAAAAGACAUACGUGCAAAAAGUACAAGAACUCCUCAAGAAGCACGGCGUGGACCCCUCCGGGGGGGCCACGCACUGACACUAUUCAGACCGGCCUUUGACUGUGGUACUCUCGGAGUAUCGGGAGGAUUUGAUCUUCAAGUGGCGAGAUAGCUUCUUGCGACUCUAGGGGUUGACUACUGCUGGUGUCAUGUUUGAUCUAGCCGUCGAAAACAUGACUACUUAGAAGUACCAACUUUAUUUGUGGCGCUCCUCUCUGCUGCAUGCAGAAUGAAAUUGGGGCAUUGUUUCUUUUGAAAGGCAAUUUGCACUUACAUGCAAAGCAUUAAGAAACAACAGCGAGCGGGCUACUCGAAAUCGUUUUCACUUGAUUAUCAGAUUCUCAUCGAUCUUCUCUUCCUCUCUCAGUCUUGACAGGCGCGGAAGCUACACGACCCCAUAGCUAUGACGUUUAUUUUUUUCAGAUGCGUGCGCGCAUCAUGUUGCUUUUUUUUCCCGUAAGAGUUCCUUGUUUUCCCUUCCCCUUUCAAAAUCUUUAGUGACCUCUACGAAGGACAAAAAUUAGUACUUUUUCUUGUAUCAUAUAAUCGUAAAUUAGUAAUAGUACAUGAUAUCAGCGAAUUUUCUGCACAUAACCUAGUACUAGUAGUAGGAAAAGAUUAUCUCCCUCUAAAUAGAUACUUUUUUUACACGUUCUUCGCUCUUUAGCGGGCAGAUGAACAGAUGAAAUUCCUCAAUUUGAAAAAAC